ACGUCCCCCCCUACAUUCCCGAUAAAGACAUCCAAGAUCACCUGGCUAAGUUGGGCACGCUGACUUCCAACCUUCAGCGUGUGCCUCUGGGCCUCAAAAAUCCUGCCUUGAGGCAUGUCUUGUCUUUUAGAAGGCAGGUCUACAUGCUGGUGCCCAAUGGGCAGCUUGAAGAGGGCUCCUUUGUGGUCAUGAAUGGAGGAAGGGCCCAUAGGCUGUUUUACUGCAAGGACGUGCUAAAAUGCAACCUAUGCAAAGCAGAGGGGCAUGUUAAAAACACUGCCCGAUGACAGCAAAUGCCCAAUCUACCAGCGAGACAACGGUGGAAAAGGGUGAUAAAGAGGCACACCCAACAAGUGACUCAGGAGAGGGUCCCUCACCACGGAGAUCACACGAGGUGGUGGUAGACCCUGCUCCAACCCCAGCUACUGCCAUGGAGACCGAGGCUCAGCCAGCCACCCAGCCGUCAUCGGCAGCCGGACCUCUGAAGAGGAAAUUUACGGAGGACUCGGCUUCAUUAUCUCCGGAGACCAGUGGGGAUGAGGUCAGUCCCUUUAAAGAUCUCCCAGAGUUGGAGUCGGACAUCGCACCGACGCCUGAGGGAGAUGCGGAGAGCACUGGUGGCAAGGACGAGGUCUUCACCAUCCCAGAUGCCCCUAGAAGUGGGACACGCAGAGGGAAGAAGCCCCGUGCAAGAACCAAGCUCAAGCGCAGGACGCCUGAUGAAAAUCAGGAGCCUGAGAUGGAAGUGAGGGAAACCGCAAUCUGCGAAGUGGCGAAGGACACAAAUGAAGAGGGUCGCACUUCAGACCUCGACGACGUGCCCAGCGAGGGGGCCGAGGGCUCCCAGGAAACGCGAGCAGCCAAGAGCACGGAGGAGCCCACACAGGACCCCGGCAAGGCAGCAGCGGGGACCAGGAAGAAGAAUGAAGCAGCAGCACAGGAGGAUAAAGGCAAGCCGUUUGCAUGCGACCUUUGCAGGAAGCGGUACAAGAACCGCCCUGGGCCGGACUGUCAUUACACGCACAGCCGCUUAGUGGAUGAGGAGGGCGAGGACAAGGACUCGUGGCCCGCUACACCUGUCACGCGCCGCUCGGAGGACCUCAAAGCCAAAAAAGGUCCUGAUGGGCUGGCAAACCCUAGCAACUACUGCGAUUUGGAGAACAAGGAGACGGGACAACCGGAAGAAUUGGUUUCCUGCUCCGAUUGUGGAAUUUCUGCACACCCGUUCUGUUUGGAGUACACUUCAAACAUGAGCACCGCCAUCAAGACUUACCGUUGGCAGUGCAUUGAAUGCAAGUGCUGCAACAUUUGCGGCGCAUAUGAGAAUGACGACCAGCUGCUGUUUUGCAAUGACUGCGACCGUGUUUAUCACAUGUACUGUCUCAGCCCUGCCAUGUCUGAGUACCCAGGGGAAGGCUGGAGUUACCGCCUUUGCCUGGACUUACUCAAAGUAAAGGCAUCUAAACCAACCAGUCAUAAGAUGGGAUCCUAGAUGCCAACAUUCUUGAAUGAUAAUUCAAUUCUCAAGGGCAUACCCAAUUAUUAAACCCAAGUUUGAGCUACGGGUUGUCUCCUGUUGUAAUUGGUAUCUUUUGAGUGUAGCUGAGAACCAAGAAUGUAAUGUCCCUAAUGUAUUGUUACAGGUAGGGGUUUUGUCACCUAUAUGGAUGGGUGUUCGUGCAGCUUGACGACUGAUCCAUAGAAAUUCAGCAUGGGCAUUGUCUCUGAUUGCGCGCUCGGAGGAGGUAAACAAUGCAAUCAUUUUCUAACAUUGUAACCAUAAAUGUCUUAUUAGUGGAGUAUUUUAUAUCACAGGGGCCAAUAGAAUCUGAGUAGACCUAAUGUACAACAACCAGAUCCUAUGUAAUUUGUGUGUAUAUGCGCCAAAUUUCGAUAAGUUUGUUGAUUUUAUUUUUAUGACCAAAGGCACAGGAGUAGGGAACGCUGCACUAACCCCUUGGUAUUGUACAUUCAGUGCAUGUGGUGUUCGCGUCCAUUCUCGUGGCACAAGGCUAUCGCGGAAGAAGCAGCACUGUGCGAGCUAUACACACGCAGGAUGCUUGCGUUCGCCAGACUUUAAUUUGCAUUUGUCUGAGGUGACAUAUAUUAAUAUGAGAUUCACCGUUGCCUGGAGAAGUCUCACAAAACCAUUUAAGACUGCUGUAUCCAGAACUAGUUCCUAAACGCUGCUGAUGAAAACAUACCCCAGUUUGAUGCAGUAUGCCCCAUUUUCAAGUGAAAUGGAAAGAGUUGGUACACUCGUAAAUGUGUAACCUUUACAUAAAUAAGUGUUAAUUGUACACCUUGUGUGCAAAUUAUGAAAACACACAGGCGUUUGUGAUUCAGUCAAUACCGCAACAAUUACAUUUGGAUUUUUUUACAAUUGUUCACACUGAAAAAUGUAUGGUUUAACUUUGCAAUAUUUCAUUUAAUUACGUUUUAGUGUUGGAGUGUAAUGGUGUACUUGUGCAAGUUUUCUACACGGAACACGACUUUUUUGUAUUGAAUGCCAAACAUUGUUAAAUAAACGCUUUGAAA